UCCUGCUAUGACUUCAAUAGCUACUAUAACAGUAUAAAUCACAAACGUUUGGAAACGAUGUAUCCCUUGUGUGUAGUCCAUGAGGAGCCAGAGAAAAACACAAAGGAGCUCUUCUGUAAAUGUAUUCAUUCAUACCACUGAUUGUCCAGGGAUUCUACUCACCUAGUGUCCCAGAUCCAGACCAAUAGACAGGAGAGAUGGAGAGGUCCAAGAAGAGGCCCAACAGAAGAGCUUACCUCCCCCGCAGCAGUACCCUUGGCCAAGGCUAGGAGCUCCACACCAACACCCACUGUAAACCCUACCGCAUUUUCAACUCAAAUACUUCUAUCAGCCCUCCCUGGCACCAGUAUGCGGCCCCCAGCCCCCCUUUCUCCCCCCUCAGGGCUGCUGCUGUUGCUGGUCUUCUGCCCCCUAGUGGUGGUAGCGCAGGCCAGCAGCAGUAAGACGGAGAGCGGACACAGCACACACCAUGGAGACACAGACCCAGACCGCUGUAUGAGGCAUCACUUCGUGGAGACCAUCACACACUCCAUCUACAAGUGCCACUCCAAUAUGGUGUUGCUAGCUCGGUGCGAGGGCCACUGCAGCCACACGUCCCGCUCCGACCCUCUCAUCUCCUUCAGCUCGGUGUUGAAGCAGCCCUUCAAGAGUACCUGUUUCUGCUGCAAGCCCCACACCUCCAAGCUGAAGGCUGUGAGACUCCGCUGCGCCGGAGGGAGCCGCAUCACAGCAACCUACCGCUACAUCCUCGCCUGCAACUGUGAGGAGUGCAGCUGAGCUGGGAAAAAUACUUUUUAAAACUCUAGAACUGUCUCCUUGAGAACGUUUCUGCACCUGCGAGUCGACAGCUGUGAAGAGUGGAAUCCUAGAACAUGUAAAUUAGAAGAACCUGCACCUUUGUAGAACCUAUAAGUCCAGGCCCUACCCAUGGACCGAGCCAGUGUUUUUGUCCCUGCAUGAUGAUUAAAUUACGAUGAUUUAACUUCCCCUGGCCUUCAUUUGCAAGUAGUGGAACCCUUAGUGCCCAAUAGAACUCUAGAACCUGAGAGUAUAGGCUAGACCCAUGGACGAAUCUAGAACCGUCAUGCCUGUUUGUGAUGAGGACUCCAGCGCCCCAACGACUAUCUGCCUUUUAGAAUGUUGUUCCUAGGGAAGGGAGGGCAGGAGAUGUCUGAAACAAUAAUAAUAAUGGAUUGGACUUAUAUAGGGCAUUUCUACCAACUGAACUACUCCAAGCGCUUUACAUAGUAACUCACCUCAUACACCACCUGGAGGAAUGUACCAUUUCAUGGUUCUACAUGUGUUUCUAGACCUGACUGAGAAGUUAGUCAUGAGAUCCUUCAUUCUUCUUGACUCUUUGUCAAAUUGCUUUGUCAAUCCUCUAAAUAUACCACGUAUCAGUCUGGACCAAGACUCACCUGAACUCCUCAUCCAGUAGCUCAAUCCUCAAACUAAGACUCAUUAGGAACCCUGUUCCCAAAUUCUGUGUGUCUAGAACCAAGAGAACACUCGGCUCCUCAAGGCUCCCAGAAGGAGUUAGUUCUGCUAAUCCAUCGAGGGUAGAUGACAUUUCCCAGAAUCCUAUAGAACACUGUCUUCUCCCUCAUGUGUUCAGACCCAGAAACAAUUAACUGCUUUUUCGGUUUCAGCCAAACUCUCAACACUCAUUACAAGCAACAACAACACAUAUGCAUAUGCAUACGCUCGUAUUCAAUCACUCAUCACCUCUCUAAUUACACACACCGUCUUCCCACUCUCACCACUAAUUACAUCUAUAAAUGUAUGGUGCCGACGUCAUAAAACCCAACAGCACAACAUGCAUAAUUAAAAGCAGAGCAGGCCGUGUAUCCUAUGAGAUACAUGUGUAAUGUACAUGUGUAAUGACUGUGCUUAACUACACCUUCCCCCUGUCUCCUAGCCAGGCCAUAAACAUAACAUACUCCACCAGAUCUUCACCUACAGUUGAAGUUGGUAGUUUACAUACACCUUAGCCAAAUACAUUUCAACUCAGUUUUUCACAAUUCCUGAC